CAGGUGUGGAGAUCCUGAGCCCGAGGGAGCCCGAGCUCUAGGGAUCCUGAGUCGGGCUGAGGACGGGCGGGGAAGAGAGGGGAGGAUUGUGGGCCGGGCUUAGGGCACCCAGCUCUGCCGAGGAAGGGGUGGCCGGGAGCGGGGAGAAGGAGGGAGCCGGCCGGGAUUGUCCACGAUGUGGCUCAAUCCGGAGGAGGUGCUGCUCAAGAACGCGCUCAAGCUGUGGCUCCUCGAACGGGCCAACGACUACUUCGUGCUGCAGCGGCGCCGGGGAUACGGGGAGGAAGGCGGCGGCAGCGGGGGGCUCACAGGCCUUCUGGUUGGGACACUUGAUUCAGUCUUAGACUCAACUGCUAAAGUGGCUCCAUUUCGCAUCCUCCAUCAGACACCAGGUUCUCAGGUUUAUUGGUCCAUCGCAUGUGGAGCCAGCAGAGAAGAAAUAUAUGAACACUGGGAGUGGUUGGAACAGAAUAUCAUGAAGACCUUAUCUGUGUUUGACUCAAAUGAAGAUAUUACUAGUUUUGUGCAUGGAAAGAUAAGAGGACUGAUUGCCGAAGAGGGAAAAGAUUCUCUUGUAAAGGGUGACGAUCCUGAGAAAUUUCGAGAAGCUCUCAUGAAAUUUGAGAAAUGCUUUGGUUUAGCUAAACAAGAGAAGUUGGUGACUUAUUAUUCAUGCAGUUAUUGGAGAGGACGAGUUCCUUGCCAGGGUUGGCUCUAUCUUAGCUCCAACUUUUUGAGUUUCUAUUCUUUUCUGUUGGGAUCUGAAAUCAAACUGGUUAUCUCCUGGGAUGCCAUCUCCAAACUUGAAAAAACCUCCAAUGUCCUUCUCACUGAGAAUAUCCAUGUGUGUUCUCGAGGGGAGGAUUACUACUUCUCAAUGUUUUUGCACAUUAAUGAAACAUUCCUUCUCAUGGAGCAGCUGGCCAACUAUGCAGUAAGAAGACUUUUUGACAAGGAGACCUUCGAAAAUGACCCAGUCCUUAGCGAUCCUCUUAAAAUCACCAAAAGAGCAUUGGAGAACCUGGCACGCAGUGAGCACUUCAGUUCAUUUUUUAGACUCCCCAAAGAGGAGAACCUGAAAGAAAUCCAUGAAUGUUUCUUACGGAUACCAUUCAGCCAUUUGAGUACUCCUGGGAAAAUGUGUAUCUUUGAUAACUACAUCUGCUUUGCCAGUCAGGACAUCCGUACCUGCAGUGUGAUCCUUCCACUAAAAGAGGUCCUUGCUGUAGACAAGAUGGGGGACUCUAGCCAUUCAGUCAUCAUUAGCAUUAAAGGAAAGAAAGCCUUUCGAUUUGCUGACGUCAGAGACUUUGAGCAGCUUGUGGCAAGACUGAAACUUGUCUGUGGAGCAGCGUCCAUUCCACAGCAGGAUGUUAGCACAGAGCCCGUCCCCAGUCCUGACCCCGGGACCUCCUCCAAGGGGCCCUCUCUGAUGGGACAGAGAGAUUGUGGCAAGACCGUGAACACACAAGCUUUAAUGACAGAAUUCCACCCUCAAGAUUUGGAGAAUCUGGAUUCCAAAAUGUUGAAAGAAAAGAUGAAGGAACAAUCCUGGAAUAUACUCUUUGUGGAAUAUGGCCGUGGCGUUACCAUGUUUCGGACAAAAAAGACGCGAGACUUGGUUGUAAGGGGUAUUCCUGAGACUUUAAGAGGAGAACUGUGGUUGCUUUUUUCAGGUGCUAUUAAUGAUAUGACUACCAACCCUGGCUAUUAUGCUGACCUGGUGGAGCGGUCUUUAGGGACAUAUAUGGUAGCGACUGAUGAAAUUGAACGGGACCUGCGUCGCUCCCUACCUGAGCACCCUGCCUUUCAAAGUGACACUGGCAUAUCUGCAUUGAGGCGGGUACUCACGGCCUAUGCGUACCGGAACCCAAAAAUUGGCUAUUGCCAGGCAAUGAACAUUUUGACAUCAGUGUUACUUCUGUAUGCAAAAGAAGAAGCAGCUUUUUGGCUUCUAGUUGCUGUGUGUGAACGUAUGCUGCCCGAUUAUUUUAAUCAGCGGAUUAUUGGUGCCUUGGUGGAUCAGGCAGUCUUUGAGGAACUGAUCAAAGAGCAUCUUCCUCAGCUGAUGGGUCACAUGACUGACAUGACCUUCUUUUCCUCACUCUCCCUCUCCUGGUUCCUCACCCUCUUUAUCAGUGUGCUUCCUAUUGAAAGUGCCGUGAAUGUUGUGGACUGUUUCUUCUAUGAUGGCAUAAAAGCCAUCUUACAGCUGGGAUUGGCAGUGCUUGACUAUAACAUGGAACAAUUGCUGACGUGUAAAGAUGAUGCCGAAGCUGUCACGGUGUUAAACAGGUUCUUUGACAAUGUCACUAAUAAGGACAGCCCACUGCCUUCAACUGUUCAACAGGGUUCAACUACAAGUGAUGCCAAAAGCCAACAAACUAAAGUCGAUAUUACAGAUUUGAUUAGAGAAGCAAAUGAGAAAUACGGUGAUAUUCACUACGAGGAUGUGUAUAGCAUGCGGAGGAGAAGUCGGCUGUAUGUGAUUCAGGUGCUGGAGGAAACCACAAAGCAGAAUGUGGUCCGGGUUGUGUCACAGGAUGUCAGAUUCGGCCUUCAUGAAUUAGAAGAACUUUAUGACAUCUUUAAGAGGGAGCACUUUUUAUCUUGUUACUGGAAUUUGACCAGCACUGCCCUGAGGCACCACAACCCCAGCUUGCCAUACUUGGAGCAGUAUCAGAUCGACUGCCAGCAGUUCCGAAUGCUAUAUCAUCUCCUGAGCCCUUGGGCUCAUUCUGCCAGUCGGGACUGCUUGGCACUCUGGACCUUCAGAUUGCUGGAUGAAAACUCUGACUGCCUUAUCAACUUCAAAGAAUUCUCCUGUGCAUUUGAUAUCCUGUAUCAUGGAAGUUUUACUGAGAAGCUUAAACUGCUCUUCAAGCUGCAUAUUCCACCAGCUUUUACUGAAGUGGAGUCUGUGAGCCCUUCAAAAGGAGAUCACCUUUCCGAGGACGAACUUCUUCGUUUCAGCCAGUUACAUGUUUCCUUAUCUGCCCAUGGACAGGAAGUAGGAUCAGCGAAAGGCAGACCAGAGAAAGGCAAGGGCAAAGUCGAUGUUCAGGAGUAUCUAAAGCAAUGGCAAGAUGAGCUUCUCAAAAAAGAAGAAAACAUUAAGGAUUUACCCAGAAUGAAUCAGGUACAAUUUAUUCAGCUCUCGAAGACCUUUUAUAACUUGUUCCAUGGGCAUCCCGAAGAAGAAGAGUUAUACCAGGCCAUUGCGGUUGUGACCAACCUCUUGCUCAGGAUGGAAGAAGUGGGGAGAAAGCUGCACGGCACAGCGUCCCCUGCCAAAGAGAAGACCAGUGACUCCACCACCACAGAGGACCCUGGCAGCACCUCUCAGACCGCCGGGACCGCAAAGGAACCCCCGGCACAAGAAGAAUACCAGUGGUCUUUUGCUUUCGAGCAGAUCCUUGCAUCAUUAUUAAAUGAGCCUGUCAUAGUUAGGUUUUUUGAAAAACCAGUAGAUGUCCAAGCCAAGUUAGCAGAUACAAAAGCCUUCCAGAUGAGUUCCAGAACCAGGGUAUAAUUUACCAGCAUGGAAUCCGUUUUUACCAAGGAUUGCCCAAAGUUUACCAGGGGCCAUCCACCUCAUUCCCUGUGAUCCCUGGGAGCAAACCUCAGGGAUUUAGCUUUAUGUGGCACAGAUGCGUUUGAAGGAAACUAAGGUACCCCAAAGUACAAUUGCAUUCUUCUUUAUAAUAGUCUUAACUUUUCAAAUUCAUGAUCACAAGCACUUUUUAUAUAACAUUUUACUUCAUCUGCACUAUCUUAAGAAAUUUGUUCGUAUCACCCCUAGAGGGCACCACCAAACCACUCAGUUUAAAAAAAAAAAAAGACUAGUAGUUACCUAUGAAAUAGUGUUGGAAUGUUCAUGUUUACUGUUGUGUUUGGAUACUAGUGUUGCUGCUUUGUCAAAUUGACAGGCCCUUGUUUUGAGUCCGUAUAUGUGCCUCAGUCUCGUGUAGAUGUUAAAGUGAUUUAAGAGAAUAGAGCCCUUUGAGCCUUAAUUGUCCGAGGAAUAUUGCCAUUUGGAGGCUUUGUGUCCAAGUCUUAACUCCGUGACUAUUAUGAAUUAUUUUUUUUAGUUCUCCGAUAUUCUGAUGGCUCUGGAGGGACUUCCAACAUCAGUCGAGGUACAGAAGCCAUCUCUCUUCCUUCCUGCAUCCUCCUCCUCCUCUAUGGCAGUGUGGCACAAUGGACAAAGAGUUGACCUACGAGCCAGAAGUCUUCCUCUGACUCAUACUAGCUAUGUGACCCUGGGCAAGUCACUUAAUCCUUAAUAUUGGUGAAGGGACUUUCCUUGCUUGGGAGUUCCCUAGACCAGUAAAAUAACAGGUACCUAUCCUAUGCCCCUUCCCUCACAAUCUGUUUCAGGUCUUGAAGCCCAGCAUCGAUUUCCCAUGAGCAUGGAAUGGAGAGGAGGAAGACACUAGUUUUUUUUUUUUUGUUGUUGUUGUUUUUAUGUAAGGGCUAAAGAGGCUGUCUCAGGAAACAUCUGGGAGUCCAGCCUCUUAGAGGAGUUUGCACUUUGCUGAUUACAAAGGGGAGCUCGUAAGAGUUAUUCUCCUGCUUUUGUGUAUAUAAGCUAACAGAAAUUAUCGCCAGAUGUAUCUGAGGGGACAUGGAAUAUUCAACAUCUGUAUAUUCUACAUCUGUUCUCUAGGCGAAGACCCAUCACAUUCGUUAUGUGACAUCUCCUUUUUUCUUCCAUACAAUAAAGGAAUUGGACCAAAUGAUCUCUAUAUGGGGCCCUUUGAGCUCUGAGAUUCUAGGAUUGCUGCUAAUAAAGAUGAAGAAUUUCCUUCUCCCCCACACCAACUGUGUUUUCUACCUUUUGUUUUUACAUCCCUUACAUUUCUUGAUGAAUCCCCUCUCCCCUCACUUGGAACCAUCCCUUAUAAUGAAGAAAAAAGCUCCACAAAAUGAAUCCAUAUAAAAUCGCCAGUCUGUAUUAAAAAAAAAAA